CAAAGACUAUGACGCGCCCAAGGCGGUUGUGCGUAUGCAUAGAAAAAUGAACACUCUUGGCGGAGACGGCAUUCACGACAGCUGCCUUUCAAGUGUAGUGCUUGCCUUGGCGCCUUACCGCUGCGAUGCGUCGCGGAGUGUUGAGCUGCGCAAGGAGGUGCAUCGACUCGUGGACUUUAUAAGAAGGUCUGCUCGCAACAUUUGAAAAUCCUUUCCUUCUCCAUCAACCCCAAGAUUUUCCAAUCAUGUUUGUAUCGUCACUAGCUGUCUUCGCUGCGCUUGCGCCUUCGAUCUUUGGAUGCCCACAGCACUCAAACAACAAACGAUCAUACCUGCAAGGGCGCCAGGACAACCCUGCCCAGAACCCCAACGUCAACACAACCCAAAACGUGUGGGCAUACGAGGCAUCCUUCAACUGGGGAAAGUUGAGCCCUGACUACCGUCUUUGUCAAACUGGGACCCAGCAGUCGCCCAUCGCCCUAUCUCUCGGCAAUGGACUCGCACUCAACCAUGUCCCAACUUUCAACUACAGUGGCGCAGUGGCCGGUAACUUCUUCAACUGGGGAUAUGGGCCAGCGUUCACCCUCGCCCACAACGGAGACUGGACAUCACACCCCAGCUUCACAUACGACAACGUGACCCUCUACCUCAAGGGCUGGCACAUCCACGCCCCAGCCGAUCACUCGGUUGGAGGCGACCGCAGCAAGGCCGAGAUGCAUUUCGUCCACGUCGAUGCCGAGGGCCAUGAGGGCGCUGUCCUCGCUUUCCGCCUGGAUCCUGGUAAUUUCAAUAACACGUUCCUCGAACAGCUCCCUCCGAUGAUCGGAUUUGAUGAGAUGCAAGUGCAACAAUCGAUUGAAAUGAACGUUACCCUUGCUCUGGAUUCUGUGCAGUACUUCAACGAGUUCUGGACGUACCAAGGCAGUUUGACGAGCCCGCCGUGUCACGAGGGUAUCAGAUGGUUUGUCGCUAGGCAGAUCAUGUUCACUGGUGUGGAGCAGAUGCAAGCGAUUUUGGGUGCCAGCACUUACUCUGCAAGAGCAGAGCAAGAAGUUUGGCAGCAUCGCAUCAAUGAGUAGUUCGGGUAUGGGAGCAGAUUUGACAAUAAGUACACGGAAGACGCUAACGAGACAUGAUAUCUACGUGUAUGGAUUGGGCAUGGGGAGACGUUGUAUAUGUGUAUUUCUCUACGUACGUAUAUGUUUGUAGUUAAUCAAGCGCAUCCAAGACUCAAAGUGCAACGGAUCAACAAACAACAUUGAAGAGUGACGUGUCUU